AUGUCAAGCACAGAGACGAACGGUUCGGGCGGCGUCCAGCCGUCCCAGAUCUUCACAGCCACCGUCGCCAAGCCGAUGACUCCCAAAAUCGUCGAGCCAGAAACGCCGUUGGGCACGGGUCCAGAUGGUAUUAGGCUCGGCAGCGCGACAGACAAUACGACAGACAACACCACUGCCGCAACCACCACCGAGAAGCAGGAACAAAAGGAAACUCAUCCACCGGCCACGUCCACCUCGACCGACGCCGCCGCCGCCGCCACACCCAAACCUAACCCCCCGUCGGCGCAACUCGUGCCGCUGACGUACUACCCGCUCGAAACGCAGGCGACGCUCAACCGCAACCUGCGGCGGGUGACGGGGAAACCGUACGCCAAGUACUUCCACACGGCGCUGCACAUCUACAGCGACGCGACGGAGGCGAUCCGCAGCCCGAUGCCGCAGUCCGGGUACCUGGCGCCGAGGCAGGCGAGCAAGCUCCUGGACCGAGGCCACCACGCGCACGAGAACGGGUGGAUGGAGCUGGAGGACGGCGGGGCGUACGUGGCGUCGCGCACGCGCUUCGGCCGCGACGUCACGGGCGAGAUGAUCCGGUGGUGGUUCUGGUGGCACUCGCUCGAGAGCGAGCGGUACGCGCUGUGGUUCCCGCACUGCCACACCCGCGUGGUGUUGGCAUCGGGGGCGGCGGACCGCGCCCGGCUCGAGGACCGGUCCGUGCCGCACGUCCGCAAGUGGCUGGGCGUCACGCACCGCGUCACCGAGCACAUCGGCGCCAAGGAGCUGUCGGUGCAUCUGCGCUUCGUCGACCCGGCCCUGUACGGCCUGCCGUGGGACAAGCUGCAGGCCGCCGGCUACGAGGCGGCCGUGUGCGCAGAGGUGAGGGACGGCUGGGAGCCCCGGCUCAAGAUUGGCGACUUUGUCCACCUCUGGCGCCGGGACCCCGUCACGGACGAGCUGGAGCUGCGGAGCAGGUAUUGGUUCGGCAACGAAGUCAGGUUGGAUCUGCCCUUCGGCUUCAAGAUCCCGCUCGAUCUGCCGGCGCGCCUGCUGGGAAUCAAGAAGAUGAGGGCCGGCGCGUCUCUGGCAUACGAGCACUUUAUCCACGACCAGACCGAGUUUACGAACCUGGCCAGCUUCCUGCCGGCGCUGUAUGCGGAUUGGAAGGCGGGCAAACUGUGA